GCCUUUGAUUACUCACCAUUUCGUAUGUACAGAAGUCAAAUAUUGUUUAAAUAGUAACGUUUCUUAUGUAUAAAAAUUGUCAGAGGAAGUACAACGACGCUUGUGAAAUUAUCCAGUUUAGAAGAAAUAUACUACAUAAACAAUUCAAAAAAUGUUUCAAUCGCCUGAAUAUAGUAGCACAUUGUCGCUGAAGUUAUCUGAGGUAUUAGAGGAUGUUGGUGUCAAUGAAGAAGUGGUGAUGAAAAGGAGAAGAGUUUUCAUGCUGAAAGAGAAUAUUCAAACUGUGACAUGGAGAUCAUUAUGUGAUAACAGCACUACAUAUUAUUUUGGGAGUCAAUCUGAGGGCACAACUACUGAAGGUCUUCAUUCAGAUACUGACUUACUGCAUGUGAACUAUAAUAGUAAUGUAAUACAGGACUGGUCAGAGUGGAAACAGAAUAAAAGAAAUCUUCUCAUGAUACAGGAUGAGAAUGUAACACCUGGAUAUUGUUUCCUACAACUAGUACGAUCUGAUGAGUCUCUUUUUGAGACAAUUAUUCCUAAUGAAUAUUUUAUCGGAGAUAGUAAAGGGAGGGUAUUACUGAAAAAUACAAUAUUGAAUGGUUUACAUGAAGACGCUGAGAGACACGGCCCUUCUAAUGUUUUGCCCGAAAAAGAAGGAUACAGUUCCAUUGACAUAGUUUUUGGGGAACCUUGUUAUUCAGUGCCACAAUCAGCUUUACAUUCACUAGACAGACAAAGCAUAGGGAGAUGGCCAACAUCUGAAAUGAUCAGAUAUGCUUUUAGUAAUGGUUGUUUUGUUGUUGGUGCGAGCAGUAAGAUUAGUACUUACCCGGAACUAGAAUGGAGAAUAUCGACAUCAUUAGGAGAAAGAUGCUAUAUGUUUAAUCUAAACAUAGCAAAAUUACAUUGCUAUGUUUUGCUGAAAAUUAUUUUGAAAUCUUUUCUGACACCUGAAAGAGAAAGUGCUUUGUCUAGUUUGAUGUGUAAAACUAUAGUAUUACAUUGUAUACAAAACACGGACCGAUUCAUUUGGAAAAAGAACAAUAUUUUCACAUGUUUAACGUAUUGCUUGCUUGAACUACAAAGCUAUAUUCAAAAUGAAAAUUGCCCGCAUUUUAUAAUUCCGGAAAACAACCUUAUGGCCGGACAAUUUUCUGCAGAAGAGAAGCUUGACAUUUUAUGGAAGAUAAGUGACAUUAUACAGAGUGAUGGUAGAUGUUUGCUUCGAAUAAGAAUUGAUGAUAUUGGUAAUCGACUAAAGGUCAAAUUUCAGACAGAUCGUGUGAUACCUGAUGGUAUGCUUACUCCUCGUCUCAUUAAUGAAAAUAUUACGAGUUUGUUAUUUAUGAACUUAGCACAAACUAUUAGCAGUUGUCAAUUAAGGAUUUUAUAUUUCUUGCAAGAAAAACAACUCAAUCUCAAACAAUGUAUCCUAAAGCUAGCAAACUAUAGUGUACAUGGAUCUAGACUAGAACAGCUUGCAAGCCAAUGUCUGGUACCGUUUCUUUAUUCAACCCUUGGAUCUAUAAUGGUGUCAUCAAAUAUUCGACAGAAUACUGCAAUUCAAUAUCAAGCUCUUAAGUUGUUCUCACUAGGUUUAAACUCGGAUGAGACAUCUGGCAGACUUAAACUAGCGUCAAUGUUGUAUUGUGUAGGUGAUAUGGAUUGGAUAGAGUGGAGUUCAUUCUGAGACAAACUGAAUAUCGAUACAACUGUGAUAUUGUUGAACCUGUAUGUUCUUGCUGGGAUCAUCUAUGGCCUGAUAGGUCGGCAGAAUUUAAGAGAAAGUG